ACCCCUCACUAGUCCCAUCCGACAGUGACGGUGGGUGUGGAGUUUGCAGCCCUAAAUCUGUUGCACUCCUUCAUCAAACCCUUGUUGAAGUUUUAGUUGGCAUCCUGCCCACUCGUCUAAUUCUAGCUUCCUCUCAGCACUUGCAGACUCAAUCUUAUCGUCUCCAGUUCCAAGUUUUUGUUCUUGUGAGAAUCGCCUUGUUUUCUUCAGCUUGUCACUGAAAGUUUGUGUAAAAGGCUGCAGCAUGGCGAUGUUGUUGCAGCGAUGUCUGCCUCAUUGUGCUUCUCCUCCAAUUUCCAUCUCCUCCAGGAACCCUCCCCCUUCCCAACGACUGGCUACGGUUAAGAUGGUUCCCAAGUCACUGCGUCUAUCGAUCUGCCGCGCUUCAUCGGAGGUCGGACCUGCAGGCGUUAUCCCCGAGAAGGAGUCCACGGUUUUCAAGGACGAAUCCCAAGGUAUCAUCUGUUACUAUGAUGAGAACGGUGAUAUUACUUGUGAGGGUUGGGACGAAGGCCCUCAUUUCCAACCUGAUCCCCAGCAGCCCACUUUGAGAAGGCGCCGAAGGAUCAUCCCAAGUGAGGCCAUGCGGAAGGCUAUGCAAGAAAGAGGCCCUGGGGAGACCGUCGUUUUUAAGAACAACAAAGGUCAGAUGGGCGAUUCUGUCGGUGAGGUAGCAAACGAGAGCACAACCUGCUCCGACCUGUAGACUCCAUAGCUGAUCUUGGCGUUGGGUUUUCUAACCUGUUGAUGCUUUGUGGAUUCAGGCUGCAUAUUGUUUGCCUUGCUGGAACCUUGCCGCUUUGGAUGUUGCGAAAGUUGGAAAACGCUGAAUAUUGUAAGCAAUGAAACAAGCCUUUGCGUGAGGUUCAAGAGAGAUUGCUAUCGGAGCUUUUGAUUUUUAUGACGGAUUCCUACUCUUUGCCUGCUUUAUCUCUUGUUUGUUUGUUUGUUUCUUUUAUCGACCUUUUAUUAUUCUGUGGAUUGAAAGCAUUCAUUCAGUAAGAAUUCAAUUGGAAAUCAGGCUGUUUAAUCACCCUUGAAAGCCA